AUGGCUGGUGCGAUAGUGCCUCAUGAACAGGCGUUGAGCGAUGUACUCGGUGCGCGCGUCCGCAUCACUACCAACCCGGCUUCGUCCACAAUCGAGGGGACCGUUUUCGCCGCCGAUCCGAUCACGAACCUCGUCGCCGUGAACACCGCCGACGGCAAACAAACCCAAGCCGGAAACUACCACGUCAUUCCGAUCUCACGGAUACAGAGCUUCGAGCUCCUCUCUCUACCCCAGUCGGCCCAGAGCGGUGAAGCGACGUCAUUCGCUGAUGCUGUCCCACCGCUGCAUGCACUGGAUACCCAGGCCCUGAGAAGGCGGGAGGUGGAAGCAGUUACGAAGCUACAGCAAGGUGAGGCACGCCGCGGCAAGGGAGUCACGCAAGAAGCGCAGGAUCUGUUCAAUGCAUUCAUUCGCACGAUGCCGACGACGAGGUGGGAUGGCGCGAAUAUCAUUGUGGCCGAUGCAGUUGUGGUUGCGCCCCCAUACCGUGCGGAUGACUGCCGGGCACUGCAUGCAGGUGACACAGCUGCCCUGGCCCGGAUACGCAAGGUGCUUGAAAUGGAGCGCCAGAAGAUCGAAUUUAGAAAUGCUAGCGCUGCGAUAGGUGCAGCGAACACCUUUUCCCGCUCGGCGGCUUCGGGCCCGGGAGCGGCGGGACCUAGAAAGGGUGGUUGA